CGGGGGAGGCUGUGAUAUUUUUUGAGGACUAACAUCAAACUUUCCUCAGAACAGAGCAGCUGUAAACAGUCUCGGAUACUUCUGACUUCCGACAGGAUAUAAAACUACUGACUGGGAAAAAUCACUUCUGUUUAAUUGCGUAAAUUGUCAGCUAAAUAGCUGUUGUUACUGUUCGUCGGAGCAAAAACUUCUCAGAGAGAGGGACGCGAUGCAGCACUACGGAGUGAAUGGUUACUCUCUGCACGCCAUGAACUCUCUGAGCGCCAUGUACAACCUUCAUCAACAGGCCGCCCAGCACGCGCAGCACGCGCCCGACUACCGGCCCUCCGUGCACGCGCUCAAACAAACAAAAACACCUCACCUGAAAUAGAUAGAUGAAACUCACCGUAAUUUAUCAUCCUGCGCAUGUUCAGACAUCAUCUUGGAGGCGCGCUACGGCUCUCAGCACAGAAAGCAGCGCCGCAGCCGCACAGCCUUCACCGCGCAGCAGCUGGAGGCGCUGGAGAAAACUUUCCAGAAAACUCACUACCCUGAUGUGGUCAUGCGAGAACGUCUGGCCAUGUGCACCAACCUCCCCGAAGCUCGAGUACAGGUGUGGUUUAAAAACCGUCGUGCGAAGUUCCGCAAGAAGCAGCGGAGCUUGCAGAAAGAGCAGCUUCAGCGGCUGAAGGAUGCUGGGACGGAGGGAGCCCAGGAAGAGGGGAAAGAAGAAGCUCCGCCUGUUGAGGCUCAAGCCCCGCCCUCCCCUUCAGAUGGGCGUGGCCCCACAUGCCCCCCUCCCUGUGAGUUGAAUGAAGAGGUCAAUGUCACCUCACCAGAACAGUCAGGGGCGGAGUCAGGGGCUGAGGACAUGACUGAUAGAGAGGAUGAGUCACUGUCCAUCAAAGAUGAAACAAAAGAGGCGGGGCCAACCCUGACGACAGACGACAGUUCACCUUCUUGCAAACCAAUCAGCCCUAAAUCAGAUGAGUUGCUGGGCUCUCCAGCUCUUCCCUCCUCCAGUGGCGUCGGCAGUGAAGUGGCUCAGACCAAUUCCUACGCUUCAUCUCCUCUCAGUCUGUUCCGUCUGCAGGAACAGUUUCGCCAGCACAUGGCCGCCACCAACAACCUCAUGCACUAUCCCGCCUUCGACAUGACCGCGCCGUCCUCCUUACCUUACCUGGGCAUGAACGUGAACAUGGCGUCUCCGCUGGGAUCCCUGCCGUGUCAGCCCUACUACCAGACCCUGUCCCAGGCCCAGCAGAUGUGGAGCAGCCCUCUGCUGCAGGGCUCCGGUGGUCUACCGGCCCUCAACAGCAAAACCACAAGCAUCGAGAACCUGCGUCUGAGGGCCAAGCAGCACGCUGCAUCACUCGGCUUGGACACACUUCCAAACUGAUCACUGAUCCAUGCAAAUCAAUGCAUUUCUGUGUCAACGUCUUGUAUUCAGGAUCCACAUACCAUUAGUGUGCUCAAAUCAACAGCUGGAGCUGUUUCAUUAUUAUAUAGCAUGGCGGAGUGGAGAAGUUUGGCUGACUUUUAAGUGUUUCGGUCCGGCUGCAUGGCAGAGGUUUUAACUUUUCCAAACGCCUUUGGCUUUGCACUUUGAAAUGUAAAAAAAAGCACAUUAAUUAAUUUGCUUCUGUAAAUAAGCUUAAUCAGGUCCACAGCCUUGGUAGAAGGUUAGUGAAGCCUCCUGUUUGCAUAUAUGAAGAAGUUUAAAUGUCUUCACUGUCUGUGGAUGUUAUAAAGGGAUGUAAAGCGAAUGGACAAAGGCCCUGCAAACUUCAGAAAGACUUCAGACUGACGCUCCUGACGUCAUGCCAUGUGUUUUGUCGAUUUAGAGUCUAUCGGAUAUCUCUGAAUUGUUUAAAUAAAUGUGAAUAAUUUAUCAGUCAAAUGAAAGGGAAUAAACCACAUAUAUAAACUGAAUGUGUAACAGUAAUUAGUGGAUUCUGAGCUUUAUUGUUUUAAUUAUUGAGUCUAUAUUUCAGAUUGUCAAGUUUUUUCCUUUUCUGUUGGGCAUAAUAAUUUAUUGCACAUGCAUUUCAACCCGAGUCACAUUAAUUUCAACAUGCAAUUUUAAAGUUAAACUAAAAGUCAUAGAUUUCUUACAUAUCAACAAUUUAAACAACAACAAAAAAAAAUCUCUAUAAUUAAAUUAUCCUUUAGAUUUCUGUGAUUUCAAAAAAAGAAAACUGAACAAUUAAAUAUUAAAAAUAAUUAAAUAUUAAAUAUCUGAAUUAGUUAAAUUGCCCUGAAAUGCAAAAAUCAUAUUUAGAGGUUUAUUAAGAAAAUGAUGAAAGUAAAUGGCAGGAUUUAUCCUUAUCCUCAGUGGAAAAACAAAAGAUCACUGACCUAAAUUUAGGUUUGUUUUCACUAUGAUUAGACUUUUAAUCAUGCUCCUUUUUCAUGUUUAUUCCCCAAAAUUAGCUUUUUAUACACAUGCACUGCAUUACCUGUACACCAUUACAAAUAAAUGGCAAACUUAACCUGGUUAACACACAAAUUAAAUGUUCAUGUGCUUCCUCUGUCUGGCCUUUCCCCUCUUUCACAUCCAUGCUGAUCUUGAUAACCGAUCCAAUGAAAAGCUUAAAACACAGUGACAGAAAAUGAGUCCAUCAGCCACAUCAGCCUCAGAGAGACCGUCACCACCCACCUGUCAGAGUUCUGGCAGCUCUGCGGCAGAAUUCACGCAGUAAGCAGAUUAACACGGGUCAGGAUACCAGUGGAUUAAGUUGAAGAAGAACAGAGGAGUGGAGGAAGAAGACAUGUCACCUGUUAACAGCCCAUACUUUAUAUGCUGGCACUGCAAUGCGUUUAAAAAGAUGGAUUUCAUUCACAUUCCAGAAAGAAAAUGGAAGUCAGGAUCUUUAUUAAAAGCAUAAUAAUGGUUAACAUCUCUAAUGCCUUGGUUCUCAAGUGGUUUGUCACUGACAGCAGGGAAAAACAAUGCUAAAUGCAAACAACAAAAUGUGAUUAAAAAGCAGGUAAAUAAAAUAUUUUUAGAGUUGCUAACAUGAAAACGUUGUGUGCUGAAAAAAUCAUUUAACAAAAGUAUGGUCCAGGCCACAUGAUAUAGAGGUUCACGUUUUUAUCACAACAAGGAUAAACAUGGUUUGUGUGGUGAAUUAUUUCAACUUCAAGUCAUUUAAAUUUAAUUUUCUUAUUUAAUCUAUGCCGUUGUAGUAAUUGUACACAUUUAAAUGAAAAUAAAUAAAUAAAAAUGUCAGUUUUCUAAUUCAAUCC